AUGAACACCCGUCGGAUGUUGGUGAUCGGGCUCGUGGUGGUGCUGCUGGUGGCCAGCCUCAGUGAGGCCCGGCGUCGGUUUCCCCACCGCCGGCGGGCCCCAUCGCGCAAGACACUGAAGCAGCUGUACUACGAGUCACGCGAAACUAACACCCCGAACUUUGUGAGGCUCGUCCUGAUGCGGCUAGUGUACGGGCUCGCCACACAGAUGGGCGUCGAGGAGCGGCUGGACAACGUGUUCGGGGGGGCCUUCGUGCCACCGAACGCCGUGGACGACAGUUCCGACUUCUUCGACGUGCUGAGCGAUGAAAGUGGCGAAGACUUUAGCUUCGGCCUGUGA